CAAGAUGGCGAAUCCCUUUGUAGGAAGACAUCAACCAUCCGUUCCUCUCAAAUGAGUGAAAGAUAACACUAUGACAAUCAACUUACUUUACGAGAAUUGCCAUAAAACAUGGCCCAAAGCUUGGUGCGCGUUUGCAAAUGUUUGCGGUUACAUAAGCUGCGCAAUUUGGCUUUUUGUUUUGUUCCCACAACCAUGUAAGAACAGGAAGCGUGGAUCUGUGGAAGGACUUAGCAUUCUUUGGGCCACUGCGAACUUCACAGCAUCGCUGGCAAACGUUUUCUUCGCUCUUUCUGUUGCACUGCCUAUGUGUUUCAAAAUAUUAGCGGUAUGUAAGCCCAUUUUAGAGUUUCCCAUACUACUACAGUUUUGGUUCUACUCCAAGCACACUAUGCUGAUGAAAUCAUACGGCGCUGUGUGUGUUCUGAUCUGGAUUGCAGUGAUCAGUUUAGACGUUGCCGUUGAAAAAGUCCAGUGGUUGGCAAUUGUUCUUUGGUCUAUUGAGUUAUUUCCGCAGAUUAUUUUGAAUAUGCGUCGUCGCACAACAGAUGGUCAGUCCACACUCUCUGUUGUAAUUACACUUGUUGGUAAAACAACAGAUUUCUUGGCAAAUUAUCUCCUGCUUUUGCCAGCACGAUAUGUUGUCAUGACCUACUUUUCAUGUACCUUGGCUUUUAUCAAUGGAAUACAGGUUAUCUGGUACCCCAAGCUGCAACCGAAAACAAGUGGACCAAAUUUCGAAUUUUGUGCAAGGUUGCGCGAUAUUCCGUUCUAUCAGCUGGGUUUUAUAUUUCUUCUAAUGCUGGCUCUGGUGGUUUUCAGCGUGUGCAUUUGCGUGAACACGGAGUCUGCGCUGGGAAUUUUCGCGCCAAUUUCGGUCGCAGGUGUUCUUUUUGGUGCGUUUUUGUAUCGAAAUUACCGCGAGAGCCGGUUGCAGUUCGCCAACUCUGUUUUGGCGUAGCUGGAUCGCUGCUGCGCUAAUAAACCUGUGCAGUACACGUGGCUGACACGUGAUGAUGAUUGAAGAACACUUUAAGUUUUUUUUGGUUUUUUCUGGAUGAUAGCGGUAUUUAAAAUUAGAAAUAAUCGACCUUAGCGCCCGGCGAGUUCUCCUUGUCCACUUUAUUGUGCAUUGAAAGUACGAUUUGGCGGUCAAAAAGUGACCCCAAAAAGCGCGCGGCCAAAACGAUUAUAUUACAUAGCUGUGACGUAGAAAACUGUGGAGACACGUCGGCAACUAUAAUGGAGAGAGGAGAAAUCCAGAGGAAAAGACGAACGUAUUGCGUGGCUGGAGCGCCAAAUGAUAUUAGCUACACGAAUAAUACACAUAUACCGAGUAUUUCUGUACACUACUUUCCAAAGGAUAUAGCUGUAUGGCCAAAAUGGAUGUGUUUCGAUCGUUGUCAUCGAGGAGAUUUUACUCUUCAUUGUCAAUGCCUUAUGCUCCGUACCGGCUUCGAAGAUGGCUGUUAUGAACACAUACCACAAGUAAAAUCAGGGGAAGAUAACCAAUGAAUUCAGCUAAAACAAUACCGGUGAAGGGGCCUGUUCCCACACCGAACACGAUUGUUCGACAUUCUUUUCGGCUGGCAUUUCGCAAGCGAAGAAUGGUGAUCUCCUUAUUGUUGUUUAUUCCACGCGCUAGAGAUGUACUUAUAUUCCUUGUCUUUCCACAUGACCGCAUUUGCGCUUUUCUUAUCGUAUGAAAAUCGAACCAAUUGUAGUUUCCAUCGUAUUUUAAUAACAGAGCUAUAUCAAGGUUAAGCCCUUUCCUUAGCUGCCCGAUCUCCUGUUUCGUGAACAGAGCGAAACCUCUGGAGGAUGCUGGCAUAAACAAGCUCGAAGCGGUUGUAUAUUCUCCUAACCUAGGUUUGCGAAAAUCCAUCCUACGAGACAUCAAUUCUCCCUGCUCUUAAGAAACUAAAAGUAGCAACAGUAACAAUGUCAUUGUGAUAACAGCACCGCAACGAGAUAAAUAAAGAAACAAAAGUUUCAAUUAAUUAGAUGGUAGUUAAUCCAAGUGCUGUGUGAAAGUCGAUGCAUUUGAAAUAUUCAUUUACCUAGUAGUCGAAAUGGGUGAUAUGGCAAUGCUGCCCUUAAACUGAAGAAGUUUUUCUCUAUUAAAAUCCCUCUUUGAGAUCAACUUGAAUCAGAAAAAGCAGGAGAUAAUUUGCCAAGAAAUCCGUUGUUUUACCAACAAGUGUAAUUACAAUAGACUGACCAUCUGUUGUGCGAUGACGCAUAUUCAAAAUAAUCUGGAAUUAAACAAAAAUCAUUUUGGUGACCAAAAAGGGUAAAGGUCGACCGUUGGAUCAAGCGUCAAACAUGAUUCGUCGAACCAAAUUCAGAGCACCCAAAACAAGCUUUCGAUCUGCUGGAUUUCAGACUUAGUAAUUUAUUAAGUUUGAUAUAUGGAAAAGAUCGAGAUCUGUCCCACAGUCGAUCUUCACACAUUCUAUCCUUCCGAAGCAAACAGUCGAUGUCGAUGAUCCAAAUCAAGUGGACGAACUCUGCGGAUUCACAAAGAAGACAGUGAAUAUUUUUAAUUGGCUAGGAAUGGAUGUAUUGAGGUGAAAGGGAUAAAAUAAAGUUAUAGUAAUCAAGUGUAGCCAUAACCUCGUCAAGUUCUUU